AUGGAGGAGGAGCACAGAGGACCUGAGAAUAGCGGUCACAAAAGCAAUGAUGCUUCAAUUAGCUUUAUAUCGACUGGCUCGGUGUACUCGGGAAAAGAAAGAUUCACUCAACGCACUCUGUCCCAUUUCAGGCCUAACAAGUUUUCCAUCCGGAGCAAUGCUCCCAGUGACUACUCGAGUCUGAGUGAUUCUCAGCUGCUCUUCGGCUCCCAGUUCUGCCCGGAGAACGUGCAGUCGGCAGCGGCACCGCUGGAGCUGGGCACACAGCUGGGACAGCACAACUCCCAGGACAGCGAGCCCAGUAUUUUUACUAAAUACCAAACAAAACCACAGUUAUUUGAUGAAGAUACAAGAGAAAAAGGCUUCCUUAAUUUCGGUGCAGGAAGAGGGAAAAGUGUCCUGGAAAAUUUUGAAGUGAAUAAGAACAAAAUAAAGGACAAAUAUGAUCGAGAGGUUUUAAGCACCUUUAUUUCCAGUAUCAACGACAGGCUUCAAGGGCUGCAAGUGUGCUUGGACAAGUUUGAAGAAAUGUUCAAUUCGAGAAACAAAUCCAUUUUGGUUCAUCUAGAAACCAUUUCCAAGACACUGCAAGAUGCUCUUCAAAGUCACAGUGACUUGGUGCUGAAAGCCCUGACAGAUAAAAGCCAAAUGGAGCAGGCGCUGCUGGAGAUGGAGAGGAGACUUGCAGCCAAAGACGUGGAGAUUUCAGAUGUGAAAUCCAGUGUCCAGCAGCUGAAGGAGAGCCUGGAGUCGCUGCCAGCUCAGCUGAGCGAUCAGCACCUGAAGCUGUGUGAAGAACUAGGCUCCCUGAAGCUCCCUAGUGCCUUAGCUGAGCUGCACACGUUGAUGUCCAGUGCCAGAGCUCCCCCUCGGAUGGCGGAUGACUCUUCUCAGACCUCCCCUGGCACAUGUCAGGGCUGUGCCUCACGUCAGGAGACAGAGCAUUGUCCGUGCUGCCAAGGCAGGGGGGAUUGCAGCACCUUGGGUCCAUCUCAGCACGGAGUCCUGCCCGUGGGGAGCCAGCCCACCGGGGACGGGACACCUGGGAGAGACCUCAGCACAGCUUCGGGAGGCAAAGUCAGCCCCUUUGCCAGAGCGGUGUGUGGCAGAGAAAAUACUUCUGUGCAGGAGGUGAGAUCUGUUCUGGGACCGCAGAGCUGUGCUACCCAUCCCUGUAUGUGCUGUGCUAACAGUCAGUUUCUUGGGGAGAGUCAGAAGAAACACUGCCCCGUACCGCAGGAAGUGUCUCUGCUAACUCCUCUGAGGAAGGUGAUCAGGAGAAGCACUACAGGAUUUAAAAAUGUGACACCAUCGCAACAGAGGCGGCCUCAAGUUUGCCACCUUUUUGUACAAAACAACAUGCCCGGGCAAAGAGACGGGAACUCAUCCACAGACCAUGAGCUGGAGAAUGUAGCUGUAGGGAACAAAGCAAAGCAGAAGUCAGGAAGGAUCCCUUGGAAUAAAAUAAUGGAGAGGAAGAAAACAUACCCCAGCAAGAGGAAAGGAGAGCUCUCUAGAUGUGCUGACGGUGGGCUGAAGCAAGUAAGGGCAAACAGGGUUAUUGCGUUGGGAAGCUCCAGAAAAAAAUGCUUUCCCAGAUACACCGUUGCUCUCAAUUUAGAAAACUCUAACCCGGUUUCUUCAGCUCCCAAUCAACAGAUGUUCAGCAGUGCUCAGCCGAGGCUUACAAAGAAUUUCCUACCUGUGCCAUGCUCCAAUAGAGGCGUGCAACAACUUGCAGACAAAACAAAGAGAAAUGUGGAAAACAAGAAAAGAGUGAUCGUUUCCAGUGCAAGGAGGAAUUUCUGGGAUUCCUCUCCCCAGGAGAAUGUAUUUUCCCUGUGCAGCACAACAGGUGGAAAGCAGAUGAGCUGCUCUUCAGGCUCCAAUAAGCCGUGUCCUGGCAAUGCGCUGCCCCAGCAGAGCACGGAAUGCUGCUCUUUAGUUUUUGAUAGCGAUUAUUCUGAUUGAGGGGGGUUUCGUUUGGUUUUCAGAGUCUUCAGUGCAGGCAUGGUCAUCUCAGUUGCAGUUUGUUCCUCCAGGUGCAUUACCUGCUCAGUCUCCUGAAUUUGAUCCCACGCAGGUGAGUGAGCUCCUGCUGGGACUGGCAAGAAGAGCUGAGUGACCCGUGUGCAUUGCAGCCCUUGGAAACAAGCAAGGCUCGUGCCUGGCAUGCUUUGACAAGUUACUGCCCACUUGGAGAUAUUGUCAGGGACUACGUGGGAGCUGAGGGAAGGUCUCCUAUGGCUUGGAAGGCUGAGUGGACCUGUAUUAUUUCAUCCCCUGCCACCAGCAGAAAUGCCUCGGGCUGUGGUUACUGCUGUAUUUACGCAGCAAAGAAGUGUCUGCGGAGACUUUCAGCGGGGAGGAACCAGCUGGCAGAUCACAGACACACCGCUGAUUCUCCUGCUGCCAGACCGAGCACUUAGAUCUGCUCCAAACUUUUCAUCUAGAUAUAUGGAAUAAUAUCUUUGCAGCUGGAGGCUUUAGCUCUGCUCUUCACUCGUAGUCUCCGUUUUGGUUUGUAUGUCUAACAGUUCAGAUUUUGAGCUCCCUAGGAAGUAGGGGGUAUUUUUCUGAUUGAUUUUGGUAAGGUUAAGAUUUGUCCCGAGAGUUGUUUCUGAGCUUUGGGCAGUUUAGCUGAGGAAAGCAGAAUCCCAGCAUCUCCGUUUGUUAAGUAUGGUGUUUCUUCUCCUUUUAGGCUGAAAUUUCUUGGUUUCAGGAAAAUCAGGAAAUUAUUAUUUAGUUUCUGUCAUAUUUGUCCCACGUAUCUCUUAACUAAUCAAGGACUUGCCCAACUUACACUUUCCAAAGAUGAUUCUCAGAAGCCAGAAGAAGUGACAUUCAAAUUCAACAGGUACAGUAAUCGAUGGAUAUUCCUCAUCCUUUAGAGACCUGUAAUUCUCUAGUUCGGACUCAUUCCAGACACACACAUUUUGAGUCAGAAAGGGCCAGCUGAUCACCUAACCUGACAUAUAUAGCAGCAGCCCCUGUUCCUGCAGAGCAAAUCCUCCCAGGAUAUCCAGCCAUGACUGUAAGUUUCCGCUGCUUCAAAUAUUUCUGUCACCUCUGAGCUUUGAUCUCUGCUGCUGGCAAAAGAAGCAUUUCGAUAUUGACAGAACAGGUCUAUUACUGUGAAUCCACACGGCCCAGUGCUGUCAUCCCAUGGGGAAAGGCUAGGACAGUUUCCCUGAGUUUAAUAAAGCCAUUGUUUCAGCACA